AUGACCUCUGUCUCUUCAUCUCUCUCCCCCGCUGUUGCAUCCCCAAGUUCAAUGGACUCAAAUGCUCCCUCGCCGUCCCCCUCCGGCUCCAGUGGCCCGGUGGUCUCGCCGUCCCCUUCCAGCUCUGCUCCAGUGUCCUCUCUCCCGCCCUCCGUCUCACCUUCGGCGCCAUUGAGCUCUUCUCUGCCUGUGCAAUCCUCGUCUUCUCCAAUAAUCUCAUCGUCUUCAAUAUUGACUGCCCCCUCCACAACCGUAUCCUCUUCAACUAUGGUCCACACAUCAAAUGGGCAAGUUUUCACGACCGUUGUUGAAAUCACCUCGACAAUCCCUGCUGGUUCUACCGUUGUAGCCUCUUCUCACGACAACGUCCGUUCAUCUUCCCAUACCGGUGCAAUUGUGGGUGGUGUCGUUGGAGGUCUUGCUGUGUUGGGUAUCGCUGCGGGUGCCUUACUCUGGUACCGCCGUCGCUCUCGGGAGAAGACGGAUUUCGAUGGUGAUUUCGAUCCUGCGCGUGUAGGCCGACCCACUUCCGGAGGACCCGAUAUGAUUCAGGCCGGGGGUACCCUUCCCAACCUCAAUCUGGACGAGGAAGAUGAUGGUAUGGGCGGAAGACUGCCCCACAGCGCCAUUGGCGGGGGCAUCGUGACUCCUUUCACCUACACCCCAACCGUCUCAGCUUUCGAUGCCUCUUCACGCUCACAAAGCCCACCCAUGCCCAGCGGGUCGCCCCCGCCGAUGUCUCAAUACUCUCAUGAUGGCUAUACUCCGACGAUGAGUUCUGCUGGCGGUUAUUACUCAGCAGCUCCGCAACAAGCUCUUGCUCCUGGUGGAUACUAUCCUCCGAGCGAGUCUGGGUCGAGUGCAUACAGCCCACGGAGUGCCAAAGAACGCGAAGCGAUGGGCUCUCGCUCGUUUGCUGUCGCAAACCCGACCGGAAACGAACAAGACUCCGCAAUCCAAAAUUAUCUGCGCUCUGGGCCCAGAGGUGUUCCUCAAGGUGAACACUCUGGUGGCCCGAUGGCUUCUUCAUCUGCCGCGAGCGGUGUUAUUGUGCACCAAGAUGGAGGCAGGGUAGGGCCAGACGAAAUACCACCGACAUACGAUAGUAUUCCCAAUGACGGACAACGAACCUAA